UAUGAUGACAGUUCCAUAGCAACCACUGAGGAUAACAUGGCAAAAUCAACAACUAUUAAAGAGGCUUUGGCGAAAUGGGAGGAGAAGUCGGGAGAAAAAGCAGGUGAUGCCAAAGAAGUGAAGCUCUAUGGCCAAAUCCCUCCUAUUGAAAAGAUGGAUGCAUCUCUCUCCACCCUUACUAACUGCGAGAAACUGUCAUUGUCAACCAACUGUAUUGAAAAAAUUGCCAACCUUAAUGGAUUAAAGAACCUCAAGAUCUUAUCCUUGGGUCGUAACAACAUCAAGAACCUUAAUGGACUAGAGGCCAUAGCGGACACAUUGGAGGAACUGUGGAUCUCCUACAAUCUCAUAGACAAGCUGAAGGGAAUCCAUGUGAUGAAGAAGCUCCGUGUCCUGUAUAUGUCCAACAACUUGGUCAAAGAGUGGGGGGAGUUUGCGAAACUGGCAGAGCUUUCAUCACUGGUCGAUCUGGUCUUCGUGGGCAAUCCUUUGGAAGAAAAGUACUCUGCUGAGGGCACCUGGAUAGAUGAGGCCACCAAGAGGGUCCCCAAUCUGAAGAAACUUGAUGGGAUCCCGGUGAUUAAGCAAGAAGAGGAGGAGAAAGAAGCAGAAAGUUAAUAUCUUUACUGUGGUACAAUUUUUAUGAUUUCACUACAUCAUGUUAGAAAUUAAGAGACUUUGUAGUAUUUGCAGAUUUUAUAUGUUGACUUGAUGUUAAUUUAUACAGUUCUAACAGCUAAUACAGUUGUAAAAAGUAUUAAUAAAAUAAAUAGUAAGAAUAGUCUUACAGAUAAGCUGAUGCACUUCACCAGUGUACCAAAAAAACACACACACACACACACUUUGUGGCAUUAUGUAGCUUUCUGUAGUUGUCAAUGUGACUGUAAUGUAAACAUAUCAUAAUUAUGUUGAAUUGUACAUUAUGGGGUGUGGAGAGUCACACUAAAGGCACAAAUGGAAACAUUUUUAAUGUUUUGUAACAAAUGAAGAAGAAAUCUAAUGGACUAUAAUAACAGAUACAUUUAGAUAGAUAAAAUUUGUCUAGUCUGUUUUUGUUUUCACAGUAAUUCUGGAAGAUUUUUUAAUGUGAUUUUUACUUGAUCUUAUUACUUUUUUAGACAAGUUCUAUGAUAUACAGUUGUGUGAUGUAUCAAUAUAUUUAAAACAUCUGUUGCAAUAAAAGAACAAAAC